UUAUAUUUCUUAUUCUCGCGAGAACUCGUUGCAGACGUCAGAUCAACUUUGACACAGUUUGUUCCUGCAGCAGCACUGAGGAGCAACUGAAAGAUCCAAGAUGAACAGAGCUUUCAACAGAACAAGUAUAAAACAGCUGACUGGUAUCCUCCAAAGGUUUCAAAGCACCUUGGUGGUUGCAGAGCACAACAAUGACACACUGACCCCGAUUACACUAAAUGCCAUCACUGCUGCCAGUAAGCUGGGUGGAGAGGUAACCUGUCUGGUUGCUGGAACAAACUGUGCCCAGGUUGUAGAGCAAUUAAGCAAAGUACCAGGUGUGAACAAGGUUCUGGUUGCCCAACAUGACUCGUACAAAGGUUCCCUGCCAGAGGAGUUAACCCCACUUAUCCUGCAAACACAGAAGCAAUUCAAUUUCACCCACAUCUGUGCUGGAGCAUCUGCCUUUGGAAAGAACCUGCUCCCCAGAGUGGCUGCCAAGUUGGAUGUUGCUCCAAUUUCAGAUAUCAUUGAGAUCAAGUCUCCAGACACCUUUGUCAGAACCAUUUAUGCUGGAAAUGCUCUCAGCACUGUGAAAUGCAAUGAGGCGAUCAAGAUCUUCACCGUCAGAGGAACAUCCUUUGAGGCAGCUGCAACAGAGGGAGGAAGUGCUACAUCAGAAGAUGCAGUUACUGGUGCUUCUUCGGCUGGAGUCUCCGAGUGGCUGGAACAGUGUCUGACAAAGAGCGACCGUCCAGAUUUGACCAGCGCCAAAGUUGUGGUGUCAGGAGGACGGGGCUUGAAGAGUGGAGAUAACUUCAAGCUGCUGUAUGACCUUGCUGACAAGAUGAAUGCUGCAGUUGGUGCAUCCAGAGCAGCGGUGGAUGCUGGGUAUGUCCCCAAUGACAUGCAGGUUGGACAGACGGGCAAGAUUGUAGCGCCGGAGCUGUACAUCGCUGUUGGUAUCUCUGGAGCUAUUCAGCACCUGGCUGGAAUGAAAGAUAGCAAGACUAUUGUUGCCAUCAACAAGGACCCAGAGGCUCCCAUUUUCCAGGUGGCUGACCUUGGUUUGGUCGCUGAUCUUUUCAAGGCUGUCCCUGAGAUGACUAACGCUCUGGACAAGUGAGGAGGAACGGGUCGGACUUCCAUCACACAGCUGGGACCUGCAGUAACAGGACAACAGAGAGCGAGCACAGGCGCCCAUAGCGACUGCCUUAAUAAAUAGCUGACGUUGUGAGUGUUUGCGUGCAGAAACAAGUUUCACCAUCUUCUCUCUGACUGGUAAUAGAAGAACAUUGUAGAAAUAGAAAUAAAUGCCAGUUUUUAAAGAUACGACACAUAUGUUAAAUAUCAACAAAUAAGCUUGUACUAACCUGGGGGCGGUGUCUGAUGCCAUUGGUAGCACACAUGUUGUAAUUUGUAUUUAAUUUUCUGGUACAGCAAAGGACAUCUUUUGGAACGCUUGCCUCUCUGAUGAAGUUGACUAAGAUGUAGCUCUUCAUGCUAGCCUAGAGGAUGUGUACUCACCGAGAUGCUCUUGGAAAAUAAUGUAUUAAAUUCACAUCUAAUAA